AUGAAGCAGUUGGUACUGUUGAGUCUGCUGUUUACUAUCGUCCUGGCCAAGAGCGUUCUACCGUUGAAAAAAUAUGAACAAUUAUUUAAGAGAAGCGUUGGAAAUGAUGCAGCUCAGAAAGCUGUCAUGGACAAGAUCGUAGGUGGCAGUGCAGCGAUGCCCGGGGAGAUACCAUGGCAAGCCAGUGUGAAGACAUUGAUGUUAGAAGAUAACCUCUGGACAUUUAGCCAUUUCUGUGGGGCAACAAUAAUCAGUGAAUACUGGUUACUCAGCGCCGCUCAUUGUUUCAA